AUGACGAGAAAGAAACGACCGCAAGCUAAGAUUCAAAGAGAUCGUCAGAAUCUCACCGACAUAAAUCUAAAGGAAUUCACGUACCAGAACACGCCUAUCAACUUUCAAGUCGCCAUGCCAAUCAAUGGGCAUAAGCCUGGGAGAAAAAAGCGCGAAAAGCUGAAGUUCCAGAAGGGACAGAGAGACAUGGCCAUCAAAGCAGCCGGCUCUCACCAAACAGGCCAAAGCCUUCAAGGCGGGGGGCCUACAAGUUUGAAGGAAGGCUAUGAAAACCCCGGGAAAUUCAAAGCGCGAUAUCCCUUGGGUAGUCGGGCUGUCGGAGCCUGGCGUCGUGAGGAAGGAAGACAUCUAAAAAUGAGAGACGACGCAAUCGACGAGGCCAUAGCGAAGGGAAUCUUCCCUGAUAUGAAUUUUAUGCUUCCAAUUCAACACGAACAACUGCCGGACAACCUGGGAUUACACUUGCCCGAGACAUACAUUGAACGCCAAGUCAGGAUUGAACGUUUGACUUAUGUGCUUUCGGUGAUGAUGAAGCAUAUUGCCUUGACGAGCGGUCUCCAGGACCUGGCACCAAUCCUCAUUGACGCGGUCCACUCUAUUAAUAUGAGGAUUAAGCGGUAG